AGGCAAAUAUAUUGAUAAAAGUCACCUUGUCCUAGAGAGAUUUACACAGUUAUCAAAAUGUCACGCCAGAGUAAGCAUACUCAAAACACAGCCGUUAUUGUAAGUGUUUCUAAAAUCCCCUAUGAGAAAAUUGUAUGGUGGGAAAACGAUUGGAACCAUUUCCUUGUUUGACUCCUAGGUUUUAUGGGUAUUAUGACACAUACUGUGGUACUCUAUGGAAUGGCAUGGAUUUUAGUAAAGUAUCAUUUGUUUUGCUCUGAGACCAGGUUGCUCUGCAUCACAGGUGUUGGCUCCAGGUAUGACCCCUGCAGUUUUAACUAAAUGACUGCCCCAGAAUAAUGGGCCAGCUUUGUUAAAAUCGAAUGGUCAGUUGUGAGCUUAACAUUUCUGGUAGUGGAUUUUAGGGAGGAAUUUUGGUACGAUUUGAGAAUGUAAAGAUUUUUCUAACAAUUUUAGUAACACACUUGUCUAUACCAAAAAUGUAUAAAUGAAUAGCUCUAUAAAUGAGCUAAUAACUGUUUGAGUUUUUUUGCAUUGUGGAAAUCCCAGUUGGCACUCUGCUCAUAGCUUGUACAUGUAGAGACGGACCAAAAGCUGUCAAAACAAAUGAUCUUCCUGUACAAGGGUGUGAGGAUGAGAUAAUAUUCUCGGUUGAUAGGGAUCUCAACUGAUUUAUAUACAGUACAGUUAGCCCUUGUGUUAGAUACAACUACUUACAGUGUCUUUUAUUUUUUCAUAUUUGACAUGGUUUUGGAAACAUGAAUGGGCACGUGUCUUCUGAAAGCCAGAAACUUUUCUAAGCAGGGUUGAACUUUAUUGGCAUACAGGUCUAAUGGUCUAGAUCAACUAUUAAACUGUAUUGACAUAUAUUCAUCUUCCUAAUUAAACAGUAAUAUUUGUUUCUGAUAAUGUCAUAUUCCUAAGGUGUCAAACCAGCAGUGAUUCUACUUUUGUGCCAUGCCUGUGAUCAAUUUUAAGCUGGAUUUGUGAUCCCCUAUUCUUUUUAACCCUAGUCAAGCUGCAGACUAACUAGGAACGGGCUAUGACUUAGUAGACUAGUGGAUCCUGGCACACCAUUUGGGAACCACUGGGAGACUAGGUUUAACACGCAACACCAAUCCGAAAGUUGGUAGUGGGAUGGUCUGUUCUAAAAAUCCUGCUACAUUUUUGGAUUAAUCUUUUUGUUACGCAAUGUUUGUAAUGGAACAGUGGUGUCAAUUGUAUUCCGGGUUCUCAGAAAAAAUAAUGUUUUAUACUAGAUGAGCGGAACUAAAGAUGAAACGUUAGUUAGCCGGGAGCGAGUUUCAAUUUGGAAACUAGUAACCCACUAGCAGAAAGAGUCCUUUGUGAGACGGAGAUGUUGACGUCAAAUGAACGCUGUGAAGACAUAAAUUCGUAGUUUAGCUAGAACAACACAACAUAGAGAGGAUGAGCCCUAGUACCCUCCCCCUGUCUCCAAACUUGUAUAACUAAUUAGGGGUUUGCCUUUAAUAAGUUAAACUGAUAAAGCCUGUCCUCUUGUUUGCACAUGGUAGCCUUGUAUUCUCACAGUUGACUGUCCAGACAAAAGGGAUAUCUGAUACAUACUAUCAUACAAAUUACAAUAUGUUGGAGAUGCUUGAAUACAGCCAUUACCAGGUGAGUUUUACCAUUACCAACUGUUUUUGGGGGGGUUUGGUUUUCUAUCAGUAUGCAGUAUUGCUAUGAGUGUUAGUGUCACUUGUAUUAGUAUAAUGUCAUAUUUAUGUAUGUACUAUAUUUGUACAAACAUAAAUAAAUGCAUUGUAUUCAUGACAUUGUCCUCGGUGCACUGUAUAAUUCACUGUCAUUGAGUAGAAGAAAGAAAGGGGCGUAUAAUUAGAGGCUGUGAUUGAAAAGGUUUGGUUUAUUGUUCAUGAUUGUACAAUCCAUGUGUUGCUCUUCAGACAUGCAUUCAAGUCUGAAGAUCAAUCCACAGAAUCUCACAGAUCUUAAUUGUGAGACAUUUUACAAAGAGCAAAGCCACAUUUCACUGGAUAACUAUAUGUUUCCAUAGGAUGAGAUGGUCUAACCCCAGGAACCUCAUUACCGACACUGAACAAAACUAACUUUGGAAACAUUUUCCGCCGUCUUCAAACGUCUCUCAUUUCCCCCCACCAAGGUGCAGAGCCAUCUGGAGAACCCCACCAAGUAUCACAUCCAGCAGGCCCAAAGGCAGCAGGUGAGGCAGUACCUGUCCACCACCCUCGGGGGUAAGCCUGGCAGCCAGGCCAGCAGUCUGCAGUGCCACAGCCAACCCCCAGAGCACGGGAUGCCCCCCGGCCCAGGCAGCACUGCCCCCAACAGCCCCAUGGCCCUGCUGACCCUCACCUCAAACUGUGAGAAGGAGAUGGACGAUGUCAUCGAUGACAUUAUUAGCUUGGAAACCAGUUAUAAUGAUGAUAUUCUUGGCUUUAUGGACCCCGGACUCCAGAUUACAAAUACUCUCCCUGUAUCUGGUAACCUUCUGGACAUGUAUGGAAACCACGGACUUACCAGCAGUAACGCCUGCCCUGGUAGUUUAUCCAACAUAAAAAGGGAAUUCUCAGCUCCUGGCAUGAUGAACAUACUUGACAAGACUGCAUCCUGUGGCCAGUUUGACAACUACCAAAGGCCCGAGGGCUUUCCAGUUGCUGAGGUCCGAGCGAUGGCCAAGGAGAGACAAAAAAAGGACAACCACAACUUAAUUGAACGAAGGAGGAGGUUCAACAUCAACGAUCGAAUCAAAGAGCUUGGAACCUUGAUUCCUAAGUCAAAUGAUCCGGACAUGCGCUGGAAUAAGGGCACCAUUCUGAAGGCCUCGGUGGACUACAUCAGGAAGCUGCAGAGGGAGCAGCAGAGAGCCAAGGAGCUGGAGCUUAGACAGAGGAGGCUGGAGCAUGCCAACCGCCAUCUGAUGCUCCGCAUACAGGAGUUGGAGAUGCAGGCGCGGGCUCAUGGUCUUGCGGUUGUGCCGUCCCCUUCCCUCUGCUCCUCUGAGCUGAUGGCCCGAGCCAUCAAGCAGGAGCCCAUCCUAGGAGACUGUCCGUCAGACCUGUACCAGAAGUCGGGCCCCGACAUGUCCCCUACCACCACACUAGACCUCAACAACGGCACCAUCCACUUCAAUGACAGCCCUUUGGAUGCAGGGGAACCAGGGGCCUAUGGCUCCAACAAGGCCUCCACUAAACUGAAGGACAUAAUAGACAACACCCUGUCACCCAUAUCAUCCCUUCUGUCCUCCGUGUCUCCAGACGCCUCCAACAGCAGCAGCAGGCGUAGCAGCAGCUCAAGCAUGGAGGAGAAUAAUCCUGGUUGUUAGCACUGCCCACGAGCUCAAGUCACACUCACAUUUUAGCAUAUUGUUAUUACUGUGAUUGUUAUUACUAGGUUCUGCUAUUGAUCUAUUCCAUGAGACACUUCUGUGCUGGCAUCCUAAGAUGUCCUCCAGCUUUCCUUCCCUCGUCUACAGACAUUCUGUAUUUUGCUUUUGUUUGUUUUGCAAUAUCAUUGUGUCUCUGUCUGGAACCAAAUCGGACGGUUCAGAUUAGUCUACUCUGCUCCUUAGCUGGCUGCUGAGAUUUACUGUACAAUAAGAUGAACUUUUCAUGGGUGAAUUAUUUGAGAGAAAGUGCACAAUAACAUGACAAGAUUUGAUAUUUUUCUCAUGUCAUGACUAUUUGUCAAAUUAGUUUAAAACAUUUGUUUAUGACAGUAUAUGAUAUCAUACAGAAAUAUAUAUUUAGUUGAAUACUUUGUUCAUUAACUGAUAAUAACAUUGUACUAAGCAUUUAAGAUGAGCUAAUACCUCUUACCCUUAAAUUAAAUUCAGAAGCAAUGGUUUGAAAGCCACAAUUUUAUUUUUGCGAAUAAGAAACAACUUGCAGGAACAAUGAAUGCCCUUUUAAUGACUUUUUUCCCCUACAUGGUGAUAGCUAAAGUGAAGAUAUUUGUACAAAACGACACUGUAAAUAUAAACAUUUUGUGAUUUUUUUGGGAGUUUGUUUUUUUAUUGAGUAGGUCUUUAAUUAAGUAUUAAAUUAAGUGAAUCGAUUUUUAUUUUUAUUCCCCUGGCUAUUAACAUAUAAUUUACAUCUGUGCUCUUAUCCCAUACAAAGUUGUAAUGCACAUGAAGAUAAUAUUUUGAAGAGUUCAAACAGUUAUUUAGCUCAGAAGGAGCACCUGCCAGCAUUGUUCUUGUAUGUGAAGUACUGAAAUACUAUCCCUAAUAUUACUUUAUAAUUACUAAUAUUAUUUCCUUAAAUAACUUUCUAUAAGAUGGUUGACUGUAGGAGCUAGCCCAUUUAUAAAAUAAUGUAGUUGAUGUAACCAACACAUUCCCCUAUUUCAUGUCUUCUGAGCCACUUAUCUGACCUAACCUGAAUAUGAAUGUUAUUAUUUAUUGUGUUGUGCCACUCAGUCCUCGACUUGCGCUAAUCAUGUGGUUGCUGGACCCGUGUACGAGGGUCAGAGGUAUGAAGUGAUUUUUUUGUACUGUCUAUCAUUGUGUUAUCUUCGGUGGCAGGUAAGCUGAAAACAUUAUACAAUUUAGUAUCAGUGGAGCUCUGGAACAAGUGCCUUUCAUUUCAGAAAAGUUAGGGGGAGUUAAAAAAUGCAUUUAAUGAGCCUCAAUAUACAUAUUUUGUGCAAUAUUAAAGCGCAUUGUGCUUUAAAAAUGUGUUUGUAAUGAUGU